AUGCCGACUCCAAAAUGGUACCCUCAAACUCAAAACCCUCAAUCCUUCCACUAUCGAACCUCGGGUCGUCCGAGAGACGCGAACAAGCCCGUCGAUCCGAAAACGCUGUUACCUCUCCCAUCCAUGGAUCAGCACACCUACUAUGAUUCCCCUGCAUCUCCAUCCUCAUCAUCUACCAGCAGCUCAGCAUCCGACCUCCCUUUUGCCGACAAUGUCCCAUCAAAUUCCGGUAAAAAGAAGAUCAUCUCAUCUAGAUUCGCUCGUCGUGGGAAAAUGUACGCCUGGGCACCAUCUUACGAAGCCGUCAAAGUUGACUAUCGAGUUCGGAAACGGAUGAAAGCGUGUAUGGAGUGUUUCCUCCCAGAAGCAGCGGCCGAAGUCGGCGUAGCUCCGCCAGCAAACAUUCUGCGAGCGGAGACCAGGAGAGAAAAGAGAAAACGGAAACGCGAGGAGGAUUCUGAAUGGGUCCUGCCUCAUCUCAAAAGUCCAAGUCCGCCAUUAUCAACGGGGAAACUCGCCCCGAUGCUCGCUUUGCCUCAGAGCUACGUCGAUAUUAUGCUCAGCCCGGCCAUGCGCCAUUCACUCGAGGAUGAUACGGUCGAAAAUGGUCUACAGGGAACGACUCAGGAGCUGCUCGAAGGUGAAAAGGGUCUCAUGCAGGCUUGUGGACGUCUACGAGAGAUCCUCCGCCUGAGAGACAGAGAUGUUCAAGUAGCCAAGGUCGCAGAGAGUAAUAGCAAUCACGAACAACCGAAUGGUCAUUCAGAGGUAGAGGUCGAUAGUGACGAGACGUCCAACAAUGCUAUCGCCGGACCCUCAUCCUCGUCGAGAGCAGCGAGCGUUGCUGCUCCGGAUCGAAACGAACAGAUCCCACCUCUACCUCACGUCACAGACGUAGACAAUCUCUGGCGGGUCACACAAGAACUGCUCAUGGCUGUCCCUGCACCGACUAUCAAAUACGCCGCGACGAAACCGGGUACCGCAGCGCCAGUCAAUGGAGUGCCUGAACCCAUCGUCACUGCCACGCCCGUUCAAAGACUAUUCACCUGUCCUGACGGUAUUACCAUCAUGGCUGAACCGGCUGCGAACGCACCAGGUAUGGCUUUUUCGGCCUCCCAUCCUGGUCGACCGAGGACUAUCAAGUACAAUCUUGACAUGGCUGCACAAUGUCGAGCUGUGGACGAUGCGCUGGAACGAGUUGCAGAGCUGUUGGCCGAUUGUAUGGAAUACAAGGAGCGAUUAGAAGAGGCUAGGGAUCGAGUGGCGGAUGUGGCAAGGGCAAGAAAGAGGAUAUGGGGAGUCGUCAAGGAGCGUGCAGGAUUCGAAAUGGAUCGAAUGUAG